ACUGGUCUGGGAUAUAUAAAGGGCAGCGCACGCUAAAGGUCAAGUUGGAAGGCUAUGGCAUCCUCUUCGAAGAGUGGUUCCAGCUAACUUUGCAGAGGACUGAAGAUCUUCAUCUGCAUGGUUCAGAUGGAACCAAGAGAAGCAUCCAUGGAUUGUGUAGAGAAGGCUUCAAGAAAUUGAAGCAUCUCCAUGUAGAGCACAGUCCCUCUACUCAUUACCUUGUCCGCUCAACCGAAUGUGCAGCCGAGAUAGCAUUUACAGUUCUGGAGUCUCUCUUUCUGGAAAACUUAUCCAAUUUGGAGAAGAUAUGCCAUGGCCUUCCUGGAAAAGGUUCAUUUGAGAAACUGAAAGUAGUGAGAGUCCACCACUGUUGGAGGCUGAAGAAUCUUUUCAGUCUUUCCUUGCUGAGAGACCUUAGAAACCUCGAAGAAAUCGAGGUGAUUGGCUGCAGCAUGAUGCAGGAAAUUGUCAUAUCUGAAAGCACUUCAGAGGAUUAUAAGAAAGACAAAGUCACCGAGGACUAUCCAGCAGAAAAGGAAAAAUUAACCAAGGAUGAUAAAGGUUUACGCCGUAUAAAAUUGGAGAACUUGCAGAAUAUCACAACUUUCUUGACCAACGCUGCAAAGCCAAUACCACCAGAUUCACAAACGAACUCAGGAGGGGGCAAUUUCGGUAAGGACAAAUCUCAAAAUACAGUUGCUUUCUUCAACAGCCAGCAGGCUUUGCUUCACUGCUUGGAGUCACUGGAAUUACUUAAGCUUCCCAAAUUGACAGAGAUAUGGCAGGACCAACCUUCCGUUACGUGGAGCAAGCUUAAGUCCCUAAGAAUAGAGGAAUGCCACAACCUCUUGAAGGCUGUUGACUCGAGUAAUUUAUUAAUGAAGCUUGAGAGCUUGGAAUCAUUAUCAAUAAACGAUUGCAAGUCAAUGGAAGAAAUCUUUGGUUUACGAGGCAUUGCAAGCGGAACUAUCAACAAGAAUCUGCCCCGUUUACAUGCACUGGAGUUGGAGGAUUUGCCAAGGUUGAGGUGUCUGUGGAACACGACGACUGUCAAAGGAAUUUCAGGACCUCAAAACUUGGGGUCGUUGAAGGUCAAAUUUUGCUCAGAUUUGAGGUAUCUGUUCACUUCAUCCAUGGCUAAAGCUAUGGCAAACCUGAGGGAAUUACAUGUUUCAUGUUGUGACAACAUGGAGGCGAUUGUUAUGGGGGACGGUGAAGUUGUAUCGAAGCAAAGUCGGUUCCCACCAUCGAAGGUACUCAGGCCAGCAGUCAAAUAUCCAGCCUGCCUCAUGUUUAGCCCCUCAAGUUCUUCCGGGAAGCAUGUAGACCGUGACAUGGUGGAAGCAACAGUCGAAAAAGUUAAGGACAAGGCAAAGAACAUCAUAGCGUUCCCAUCCUUAAGGGUGUUAACUAUAUAUGAAUGCAGCAACAUGAAGAGUUUCGUCUUAUCAUGUAAGAGGGAGCAAGAAGCCGUCAUGAUGGUUGGUGAUGAUAGCUCAUACUCGGAGUCUGAGGACGACAGCCAUGCUGUCUUCUUCAAUGCAAAGGUUCAUCUUCCGACCUUGGAGGUGCUACGACUCGAGGACUUAUCUUGUAAAAAGAUAUGGCACGAUAAACUCCCAGAGGGAUCCUUUUGCAAGCUAAAAAAUAUCACUAUUCGCGGGUGUAAACAUCUAUCAGUCGUCUUUCCUUCAACUUUCAUAGAAAGAAUGAAGAAUCUGGAAAGUGUCUGCGUGAAAGAUUGCUCAAUUCUAACAAGACUAUCCGCACCUCUUUCGUUGGACUCUGACAACAAGCUCAAGUGGAUGAGUCUGCCUGAACUGAAAGAAGUGAUUUUACAUAGACUGCCACAACUGACGCAUGUUGUGGAGGGUGGCUCCCGCUCCCACAGGGUACUCGGAUUUCCAAGUCUAACAAGAGUUGAAGUAUUCAGAUGCGAGAGAUUAAUGGAUAUGUUCCCUACUGCCACAGCCAGAACACUCUCAAAGCUAGAGGAAGUUUCAAUUGAAUAUUGCGACAGCAUGCGGGAAAUGAUUGCCAAAGAAGAAAGCGAAGGGGAAGGGAUCGACGAACUGACAUUCCCUCGAUUGAGUUCACUGAAACUUUACGAUCUCAUGAAUUUGAUCUGUUUCUCUUCUGCGAGUUGUUCAUUUGACUUUCCAUCCUUAGAAGGCCUAUCAAUACGUCGCUGCCAUAAGAUGGAGGCAUUCAUCUUACCCAUAGCACAUCCUGAAACUGCAGCAUUCUUCAAUGAGAAGGUCGAGCUUCCGAAAUUGGUGAAAUUAGAGAUUGAUCGAAUAGGAUUGAAAGAGUUAUUGAAUACUCAGAUCCCUCCUGGGUCUUUGCGAAACUUGAGGCAACUUGUUAUGUUCAGCUGCCCUAAGUUUCAAGGUGUCAUUCCAUCCUUUGCAAUGAAGAGGUUGCAGCGACUGGAGACCUUGCGCUUAAUGGGGAAGGGGAGCGAGUCACUGUUAUGUAUCCUUACUAUCCAGAGACUGACUUGCUUAGAGAUCCAGUGUUUCCAGCUUAGAAAUCUUUUCACAGCUUCACAAGUGAAAUGCCUGCGACAUCUCCAGCGGCUCAAGAUAGAAUCAUGUGAUAUUCUGGAACAUGUCGUAAUUGCAGAUGGAGAGGCACCAGCAACUGGGGGCAUUGUCUUUCCUUGCUUAACUUUCUUGGAACUUAGUAUUCUGCCAGAACUAUGCAGCUUCUACCACAAACGCUGCACAUCGGGCAAAGAGAGCCAUGAAGAAUCAGGCUGGGAGGAUGAAGACAGUCUCCAACAUCAAAUUCAGCCACCACUAUUUUGGGUUGAGAAGGUUUCAUUCCCUUGCUUGGAGAAAUUGGCGAUUUCAAGCUUUAGACAAGUUGAAGAUGAUAUGUCAUGGGCCAGUUGUUCCACACGCUUUCAGCAAACUGACAGAGAUUAAAGUGGAAGGCUGUAAUAAGCUGGAACAUGUAUUCAAAUCCGAUAUCCUACAGCCAUUUGUAAACCUUGAAAAGCUGACCAUCAGUGAUUGCAAGUCAUUAUCGGUCAUAUAUGAUCUGCAAGGGCUCGUAGUGAACCCAGGAA